AUGAUUCGAUGCCAAAAGGAUUUCUGGAAAUUACCUGAACCCAUACCUGAGAACUCAACAGACUAUAGGUGGAAGUGGUUUAAGAACUGUUUAGGAGCAUUAGAUGGAACCUAUAUUAGAGUGAAGGUACCGGAACAAGAGAAACCAAAGUACAGAACAAGGAAGGGUGAAAUAGCAACGAAUGUUUUGGGAGUCUGCUCUCAAGACUUGCAGUUUAUAUAUGUUUUGGCUGGAUGGGAGGGUUCUGCACAUGAUAGUCGAGUCCUUAAAGAUGCUUUGAGUAGGAGGAAUGGACUAAAAGUCCCUAAUGGUUAUUAUUACUUAGUGGAUGCUGGUUACACCAACGGAACAGGCUUCCUUGCACCUUUUAGAGGACAACGUUAUCAUCUUAAUGAUUGGAGGGAUGGCCAUCGACCUGAGACACCAAAUGAAUUUUUCAAUAUGAAACAUUCGAGUGCUAGAAAUGUUAUUGAGAGAAGAGAGAUGGCUUUGGAUCCUAUUGAACAUCAAGUGGACAAUCAGCUUGUAGAUGGAACUUUGGAAACAAAUGAUUACAUUGGUACAGUUGAGUCCUCAGACGAGUGGAGUGUAUGGAGGCAAAACCUUGCAAAUGAAAUGUGGAAUACAUGGAAUGGAAAUAGGGAAUAA